AUGUCUGACUCCGAGUGUCACCUCUCCCUGCAGUCGUUGACGCCUGUGGACCUCAAGCAGCUGUCAAGACAGCAGAAAAUCACGCUGGUGCAGAACUACCGCGCUAGCGGUGCACGCAAUGCCAACAAGAUGCUCUUCUUAGCCACAGAUCUGCUGGCUGGCGGGUCGAGUGGGCUGUCGUCGAGCGAGUUGUAUGAUGUGUACGAGCAGGUGCUUAUUGCCUCCCUUGAAUGCGGUCGUAUUGAAAACGCCACCAUGUACCUGAACUUGCUAGAGAGCCGUUUCGGCAAGAAGUCUGUUCGCGUCAGUCACCUGCGCGGCCUGUGCCUGGAGGCGCAAGGCAAGAUCCCGGAGGCGAAGAAGUUGUACGAGCAGGUGCUGAAGGAUAUGCCAACGAACGACUUCUGUGUGAAACGUCUGAGCGCCAUCUACAAGAGCAAUGGCCACUAUGAGGAGGCCAUCCGUGUCCUCGAGAAGGACCUAGUUUACACGGAUGAGGAUGACAAACAGCACACGUACUUAGAGGUGCACUGCGGUGACGCCUUGUCGACCUAUCGCGAACUAAGCAACCUGCACUACCUCCUCGGCAACAUCGAGAAGGCCAUCUACUACGCGGAGGAGUGUCUUCUGCUCGACACCGAGUCCUAUUUUGCCCAUGUGCGCCUUGGCGAGCUCUACUACAUGAAGCGGGAUCUCCCGCGCUGUGCUAUCGAGUACUCGCAGUCGCUUCUGUUCAACUCACAGCAAAACAACUCGCGUGCGGCCUACGGCUUGUGGCAAGUAACCAACGAGAUGCUGCGUCAGCAUCAUUCCGGAGUCAAAAGGAUUGAGGAGGAGGCAGUGCUGACGCAGACGCAGGACCUGCGUACGUACGCGGCCGAGACGCUGCGCCGCAUGUACGCUGGUACUCCUAUGCUGUCGGCCUUAGACGCCUACCUGCAGCGAGAGGCCUAG